GGCCGCCCGGGCUUCCCACGGGGGGCAGGCCCCCGGCCCCCUUUGUGCCGGGCAGGGCCGGGCCCCCCAUUUCCAUGAGAGGUUCGGACGCUCCCCUCUCCCCCGCUUCAGUUAAUCUUUGUUCCCCUUUUCUGCUGAGAGGAGAAAAAAAAGAGAAAGAAAGAAAAGAAGGAAAAAAGGCGUGACUUGAUUUUCAAACGAAACUCCCACAGCAAACAAAACCCUUUUAGAGAAAUAAGAAAGGAGGAAGAAGGAAGAAAAGAGGGAAGAAAAAAAAGGGGGCAAGAAAACCCUCCAGGUUUUCAAUUCGAGUGGGAGAGUUGAGCCGAAAGAAAGAGAAAGAAAGGAAGAAAAAUCCUCUCUGCGGUAGAAAGAGAAAAGAAAACUUGGGCUGACAAGAGGGGGGUGUUGGGGGGUGGAAGGAAGUGAGAAAACAAAAGAGAGAUAAAAGGGCUGCUUUUCUGUCUCUCUCUUCCUCUGCUAGCCGGGUUAGGAGGAGCUGUUUUGCAUCCCUUCACGUCAGCCCUGCCUCAUUCCCUUCUUCCAGGGAGGGAGAGAGCGCGAGCGAGAGAGCGAGCGGGGGGAGGAGGGGAGAGAGAGACAGAGAGAGAAAGAGGAGCCGGAGGGAGGGCGGCGGGAGCAGGCGGCGGGCGCGCGUGGAGGCGGGCAGCGGGCGCGCAGCAGCAGCCGGGCGGUGGGCAGCCAGGAGCCCCCGGCCCCGGCCCCGGCCCGGCCCGCCGAGGGCCCCAGCGCAGGAGCCGCGCCCGGACCCAGGCGAUGCCCUCCUAGCAGCCUCCACGGGAUGGAAGGCUUCAUGGACUCAGGGACACAGACGGAUGCUGUGGUGGUGCUGUCCUUGGCCCAGGCCGCCGUGCUGGGCCUGGUCUCGGAAAAUGAGCUCUUUGGAGCCACCAUAAGCGCUGAGGCCUUCUACCCAGACCUGGGGCCUGAGCUGUCAGGGACGGCCCUCGGGGAGCCUGGGCCACCAGGCCCCGAUGUCUACCAGCUGGCCUGCAAUGGGCGGGCCCUGGAGGAGCCGGCGGAGGAGGAGGUGCUGGAGGUGGAGGCAGCCUUCGAAAAGCACACCCGGCGGAAGACACGGCCCCCAGUGCGGCUGGUGCCCAAGGUCAAGUUCGAGAAGGUGGAGGAGGAAGAGGAGCAGGAGGUCUAUGAGGUUUCUGUGUCUGGCGACAGCAAGGACACAGGCCCCACAGAAGCCCCUGCCGAGGUGUCCAGCGGUGCCUGCGAGGCCCUGGUGCAGAGCAGCGCCGUCAAGAUGAUCGACCUCAGCGCCUUCAGCCGCAAGCCCCGGACACUCCGGCACCUGCCCCGAACACCGAGGCCAGAGUUGGACGUGGCCCCGUACGACCCUCACUUCCCAGACCCGGCCCGGGAUGGCUUCCCCGAGCCCAGCAUGGCGCUGCCUGGGCCAGAGGCCUUGCCCGCUGAGUGUGGUUUCGAGCCACCCCACCUGGCCCCUCUGAGUGACCCCGAGGCCCCCAGCAUGGAGUCCCCAGAGGCUGUAAAGCCAGAGCAGGGCUUCGUGUGGCAGGAGGCUGGUGAGUUUGAGGCCGACGCGGCGGGCUCGACAGUGGAGCGCCACAAGAAGGCCCAGCUGGACCGGCUGGACAUCAACGUGCAGAUUGACGACUCCUACCUGGUGGAGGCGGGCGACCGCCAGAAGCGCUGGCAGUGCCGCAUGUGCGAGAAGUCGUACACGUCCAAGUACAACCUGGUAACGCACAUCCUGGGCCACAACGGCAUCAAGCCGCACUCGUGCCCGCACUGCAGCAAGCUCUUCAAGCAGCCCAGCCACCUGCAGACUCACCUGCUGACGCACCAGGGCACCCGGCCCCACAAGUGCCAGGUAUGCCACAAGGCCUUCACGCAGACCAGCCACCUCAAGCGCCACAUGCUGCUGCACUCGGAGGUCAAGCCCUACAGCUGCCACUUCUGUGGCCGCGGUUUUGCCUACCCCAGCGAGCUCAAGGCCCAUGAAGUGAAGCACGAGAGUGGCCGCUGCCACGUCUGUGUCGAGUGUGGCCUGGACUUCUCCACCCUGACCCAGCUCAAGCGCCACCUAGCCUCCCACCAGGGCCCCACCCUCUACCAGUGCCUCGAGUGUGACAAAUCCUUCCACUACCGCAGCCAGUUGCAGAACCACAUGCUCAAGCACCAGAACGUGCGGCCCUUCGUGUGCACCGAAUGCGGCAUGGAGUUCAGCCAGAUCCACCACCUCAAGCAGCACUCGCUCACCCACAAGGGCGUGAAGGAGUUCAAGUGCGAGGUGUGUGGCCGGGAGUUCACCCUGCAGGCGAACAUGAAGCGGCACAUGCUGAUCCACACCAGCGUCCGGCCCUACCAGUGCCACAUCUGCUUCAAAACCUUUGUGCAGAAGCAGACCCUCAAGACACACAUGAUUGUACACUCGCCCGUGAAGCCAUUCAAAUGCAAGGUGUGCGGGAAGUCCUUCAACCGCAUGUACAACCUGCUGGGCCACAUGCACCUGCACGCAGGCAGCAAGCCCUUCAAGUGCCCCUACUGCUCCAGCAAGUUUAACCUCAAGGGCAACCUGAGCCGGCACAUGAAGGUCAAGCAUGGCGUCAUGGACAUCGGCCUGGACAGCCAAGACCCCAUGAUGGAGCUGACGGGCGCUGACCCCUCCGAGCUUGACAGCCAGCAGGAGAUGGAGGACUUCGAGGACAACGCCUACACCUACGCCGGCGUGGACAGCGGGGCCGAGGCCAGCGUCCUCACCGAGCAGGCCAUGAAGGAGAUGGCCUACUACAACGUGCUAUAGCGCAAGCUGGGCCCCCCGGCCGGGGCGCGGGGCGGGGGCGUAGGGUGAGGCCCGGCUGCAGGCUGCACCGCCUGCCGCUGAGAAAGGAGCUACUGCCCCGCCUCCCGGAGUCAUUUGCACCACUAGGGACCUUUAGACCAAACGGAGACUGUACUACUGGCCCCGGCAUCCUGGCAAGGGAAGGUAACGGCAUCCUGGCAAGGGAAGGUAACGCAGGAGGCCCGGGUCUGGUCUCCUUGGCUUGCUGCCAGGGGAGGGUGGGAGAAACGGGGCCGCUGGGGACAGGUCACAAAGGCACAGGCUCUCGGGAUCUCUCCAGGCCCAGCAGAGCUCUUCAGGGGUGCUGACUCGGAGGAGGAGAUCACUUGAGCCACACCUGUCUCUCUCCUUAACCAACCCCUGCCUCUAGGGGUGUCUGAGCUCCCCUUCGGGUCAGCACUGCCCCCAACCUCCACCCCUUCCCCAGCCUGUCCCGGCAGCCAGGCAGGGCCCUCCGCCUUCUACCUCCUGGUGCCCCCACAUGCUCCUCAGCCAGGCCUGCAUGCGGCCCCCACCCUGGCCCACUGGGCGGCAGGGGGAGCCCAGCCCCCAGCUGAUGCCCUCCUAGCCCACCCUCAGAAGGCCCUGCCCUGCAACCCCAUCUGGAAGUGGGUGUCCCUAAAUUGGUGUCAACAAAUGUCAUCCAGUUCUGUCCUGAGCUGGAGCACCGGCCAGGGUCCCCGCCGUGAACACAGCCGGGCCAUGCCUGGCACCGGGCACACACUAAUGAAAUCAGGAGGCGGCCCUUGGGCAAGGGGGCAGGGCAGGAGGGCAUCAGCAGGGACCCAGAGGGGCUGUCGUCAGGGGAGGCCAGGGACCACCUGUGGGGGGAAGGGGGACGAAAGUCGUUUCUCAUUGGUAAGUAUCUUGAGGGUGGGGCAGCCCAGAGCUAGCUGGCCCCCAGGAAAGAGCAACAUAUUUGAAAAGGAAAAUGAAGACCAUAGAGGGGGGAAAAUUUUUUUUUGACCAAAUGGGAGUAUUUUGAAGGUAAUUUAUUUUUUUCUUUCCAAUUCUGUGUCACCUAUUAUCUUUUCUGAUGGAGACGCAUUUCUUUUUCCAAACGUAAGCUUUCUCGUGUGCUGUGUGUGCUUCAUGCUCCCUGCCGAGAGCAGCCUGGCUGGGCUGGGGGCUCCAUGGGGACUGCUGCUCCGGCCCUGGAGGUGCAGCCGCCUGCCUGGAAGGCCGGGCAGCCCUGCACCCUGCCCGGGCCCCCUCCGGAGGCCGACUGGCUGUGCACCAUCCUGGUGGCCAGGGCCGCUGACUGCUCGGCCACCAGCUCGCUCCCUGGCUCACCUGCUGUCUUCCCUCUGUCCCCAAGCCAGCUCCUGCCCCUGGAGCCGAGGACAAGGACUGCAGGUCCAGGGCAGUGCAACAGCACAUUCAGGAAUCCAGGGCCCUGACUCCCACCCACUUGCCUCCUGAGGCCCUGGUGGGGAGGGACAGGCAGGGCUGUCCCCAAAGGCCCAGCUUCAGCUGAAGCUACCAGCUUCAGCCCAAAAACCAGGAGGGGACACAGCUGGGGUGGGGGGAACCACUUUGAAAUACAGCUACCCACAAGGAAGGCCGUAUCCUUAAGCAAAGGACCAAGCCAGGCCUCGGGGUGACUGUGAUCAGGACUGAGGGGUGGACAAGGUGGCCCAAGUGUGGCUCCCCAGACCCCGAGGCCUCUCGGCCUCCCAGGUGCCCGCCAUGACGACCCUCAGGUGGCAGUGACCCCGUCACUGUACAAGACAUUUUCUCCUGCUGAGCAGAAGGCAUCAUCCCCUGCAAACUACCUCUUCCCACAACCUCUUUCUUCCCUGGUACCAAAAAGAACCCUGUACCUCCUCCUCCUCCUCCUCCUCCUCCCCCCUGCCAGCGCAGUGGCCUCGGUCUUGGAAACCGCAGGGAGAAGGUCUGGCCCCCGCGGGGGCUCUCCUCCCCCCCCAGCCCCGCCGUCAGCACCGGCCCUCUGCGAGGUUUGAUACUUGAACGCCCCUGCCCUGUGCCUUGGACCUGGGCAGCGCUCAGAGGAGGAAACAGCACAACUCAUGGUUUGAGCUGGGGGUGGUCUUGGCAAGGCCCCUGUCCUUGCCCCUCCCAACCUUCUCAAAAGAGGCCUGCAGCCUCUCGGGUGACUUGGAAACUCCUGGACGAUUCCAUUCUAACUUAUUUUGACGUGUAUACAAACCAACUGUUUAGAAAUUCCACUUGUGCAAAGCCCUACUGUGUUUUUAUGUUCCUGUUUAAAAGAGAAGUUUACUUAGCAAUAAUUAUAAAUAAAUGAAUAUUCUUUA